AUGAUUUUCCCAAUUAAAAAUAUGCGUUUUGGAUAUUGUUUCCCAAUAAUAUUUAGCCAAAGAAUUUAGAUCAUCCCAGAUUUUACAUCCCAAAAUUAUCACCUACAUGAUGACUCAGACCUGACAAAGCACAUUUACAUGAAAAUCUUUUAAAGAAAGAUGAUAUCAACGAUAGAUUGAGAUGGAACCCUUUCUGGGUCCCUGACCAACCCCACAAAUGGCUCUAAAUAGUGACUGGUUUUUUUUUUUUUUUUUACUUUUUUAUUUUUUGGGUCUGAGCGGAAACACAAUACAGAAUCUCUGUAUGAUAUUAUAAUGUCAGUUUUCUUGUCUUUUGACCAGCAACAGUGGAAGGACUGAGACUGAGCGACUGAGUUUGAAACUCGGGCUGUGAAAUUCAGCAAAAAGAGGCCGAGGCUGAGGCUGAGGCUGAGUCUGAGUCUGAUUGAGUGAGAUUAGAAGAUGAGAAAUAAUAGAUGAAAAAAAGAUGGGUGUAAAACAUAAAAGAUAGGGAGGGUGACAGGGAUGCUUGCCUUCAUUUACGGGUCAAGUGUCUUUUUACUUCUUUUAAGCCAAAGCCAAAGCCAAAGCCAAAGCCAAAGAAAGGCCAAAGGAGACACAGACAUAUUCCUUCUUUUUACAUCUUUUUAAUAUUUAUUUAGUUUUCUUUUUAAUUUAUAUUUUUUCCCCAAAUUCUCUCUCUGGAAAAUACUGGUAUUUUAAGACUUAUUUUUUGGGGACCAUAUCUCAAACCUGGGAAAAUCAAUUUUUCUAUGAACUUGUUUAUCUGUCCCUACUCGCCGACUGCCACAACCAGGAGAUUUAUCCCCACAAAGCACAAAACACACAAACACAAAGACGUAAGAGAUUAUAGCUUGGUUGCUAUAUAGAGAUAGAGAGUAAGAUUUUAAGAUCUAGAGAGAGAAACAGAGAGGUGAGUCUGUGGUGUGUGUGUGUGUGUGUGAGAGAGAUAGAGAGAGAGAGAGUGUUGUGGUAGUAUCGGGAUAAUAAUAAUAUGGAUAAAAGCUGUCAAUCCUCUGGAGAGUCUAGUAGUAUCACAACCAGCAGUAACAGUAGCACCAGUGGCAGAGAUCACUACCUGAACCUGAAGCACCUCAACAAGCUUUCUCAUAAGAUCUCCAAACCCAUCAUCAAAAAACCAACAGCCUUUGAUCCUUCCUCUCUUACCCAUCAGAAUCAGAAUCAGACUAAUUUCAAUCCUCAACAGCAGCCUUUGCAGCCGCAGCCCAAUCCGCCUUUGCAGCCGCAAGCCCAGCCCCAGCCGCCUCCGGCUGCGGCGGCGGCUUCGACACAAACCCAGCAACAGAAUCUGCAAGCUCAGCAGCAGCAUCAACCGCCGGUCUACAACAUCAAUAAGAAUGAUUUUCGGGAUGUUGUUCAGAAGCUCACGGGGUCGCCGGCGCAUGAGCGUUUCUCUACGCCGCCGCCUAUUCAUCCACCUAAGCCGCCGAGCUCUCGUCUACAUCGUAUAAGACCUCCUCCCCUUGAGCAUGUUAGCAAUCGUCCUCCUCCGCUGCUGAACAACGCCGUCCCGCCUCAACAGCCACCACCCACCAAUGGAGACCCUAAUAACCCUAUCCCCACCACCUCCCACUUUGGCGGUAUCGGUCGGCCGGUGGCUCCUCUAUCGCCUCUGCCGCCGUUACCGACGGUCCACGCGGCGGCCGAGUCGCCUGUCUCGGCCUACCUGCGGUACCUCCAGAACUCGGUCUCGGCCGCCGAUCCCAAUCACAAGCAAUUCUCGGGAUUCUCACCUUUAGCCCCUUUGGUGUCGCCUCGAUGGAGUAAUCUGGCCCCACAUCAGCCGCUUGCUCCUAUGCCGCCGCCGCAGCAGCAUGGGGUACACCCUUCGGCUCCGCCGCCGGCGCCGGCAAUGAUACCGUCACAGUCACAGCUUCCGAUGCCGUCGUCGCCGCUCCCAUUCGGGUGCUUGAAUUCUCCGAGGUCGCCAAGGUACCCGUUGCUUUCACCAAGUCUUCUACUUUCUCCUUCGUCGGGUCAAUUAGGUUUCCCUCAGCUCCCCCUCUCGCCGACUGUGCCUUUGCCAAGCCCUAGAUGGAGAGGUUUCUGAUUAACUUUUGGGGAAAACAUGUCUGCAAAUCCAUCUAGUACCGUUGUUGGUUCAAUGAAGUUCUGAUCUAUAUUCUUGUGGAAAUGGGGAAUGGCUUACUCUUCCUACGAGCUCAAAAUUUGUGGCAUAUGAAGGCUCUUUUGUUGUUCAAGGUGUUAAGCUAGAAAAUGCAAAUUAGCCUUAGGCGGGUGUAGCCUUUAUUGUGAUUGCUAAUUAGGUUUCCUGAAGACUUGGGAAUCUAGUAAACGGACCGUUCUAGUUGGACAAACAAAAGUCAUAUUCAACUUGAAGGAAAUAGUCUUUUUGAAGCUCCCUACUUAGAGGAGAGGAGAGGGAAGAAUCAGCAUAUACUAUUAUUGUUAUUCCUUUUUGUUCGUAUGCUCUUUCAGUUUCCUAGUUGAUUUUUGCUUCUGUGACCUAAGUAUAGAGAAAAAUGCCCACACAAUUUAUUACACCACCUGUAGUAUCUGAUUUCUCUAACGUAGACUAGGGUUUCUACCUAAUAUUUAUGCUAAUUGUACUGUGCAUCUGGUGAAUGAUGAUUCAUUCAGUCCACCAGAAUAAGAUAUUUCAAUUGGUACCUAUAAAUUUCAUCAUGAUAAAAUCUGCACCACUUAUUUUUGGGGCCUGAAUUCCUGGACUUGGUUGGGUGCUGAAACCCACCAGCCAGACUUUUGAGUUUUA